GCAGCACCGUGGCCCCGUCACAGGGCGGGGAGUGGCAUAACAGGAAGUUGGUUCUGGUUCCUGGGUUAGGGUGCUCAGGCAGGAGCAGGAGGCCGAGGGCUUCGUGAGGCGCUCGUUUCCAGGUCCCGAGAUGAUGGCAGUGUAACUUGCAAAAUAUUUCCAUCGAAGAAGCUGUUUUGAAAGCAGAAAUAUGUAGCGAAGUAGUUGCUUCUGGAUAACAUUUGUGUUCUCAUGUAAACCUAUGAGAGGUCUAUGAACUUGACCACCUUUUCAGUGAUGAAACAACAUUGGGAAUUGUGGACAAAAUUGGAGAGCAACUUAAUAAAGCUUAUAAAGCCCAUUCACAAGUGCAUCUGGAAAUUGCUGUUCUGAAAGCAGGCCAGUACACUGCAGGGUAACUCCUUAGGCUGUGAAUGUAGUAGCAAUGGAACCUCUGCUGCAGGAAGGCUCGAACGUUUUUAGUGCUGCAGGACUUUCUGAUACUUCCAUAGAACUGACAGAAAACUACAUGCAGCAAAUACGUGAACAGCAGGAAAGGAUAGAGCUUCAAAGCAACAUUAUUGCAAAACUGAAAUCACAGUUAGCUGCUCUGAAUGCUAAUAGAGGUAAUGUACACCCCUACAUUCCAAUGCAUGAAGACGUUGAAACCUCCAACUUGUCUUUAAGGCAGCUCUCUGAAAAGCUGAAUGCAGCAAAGCAAAGAGAAAAACUCUUGAAGGAACAGUUAGAAAUUGAGAGCAUGAAAUUGAAGCAACUUGAAGACAAAAAUAAUCAAAAGGAAAGGAAGCUGAUAUCUAUUAUUUCCAACCAAGAAAACACAAUAAGAAGUCUGAAAAGCAAAUUGAAAGAAUUAAGUGAAGCACAAAAGGAUAUACAGAUGCCAGCAGAUAAAAGGGAGGUGAAAAGUAAGAAAGUUGUUCCAGAUAAGCCUGAAUUAUCUCUAGGGAUCUCUGGUGUUUCACCUGUGUCUGAAAGGGAGAAUGUGGAGACUAUUUUCCAGGACAUGAAAGAAGAGUGGCAUCGAAUAUGUAUGCUAGCCAGAGAACAAACAGACCAACUGAGUAAAUUUAAGAUAAAGCCAGAACCUGAAACUGAAAUACAGUUUUCCAUGCCGAUACAGUGUACUGAUAAAACUGAUGAACAAGCAGAAGAGCUUUUUAAGCCUCGGGUUAUAAAGGAUAUAAAUAGAGGUGCAUCAUGCAUCACAUCUAUCACACCAAGAGGAGUGGGCCAAGAUGAGGACAACUCCUCUAUAGAAUCACUUUCUAAAUUUAAUGUCAAGCUUCCACCUACAGACAAUGACUCUGCUUUCUUGCAGAGCACUCAGGAAAAACCAGCAAUUCCUUGUACUGGUAUAGCUGAAAACAUGCUUCAAGAUCAUCAUUUUAACCUGGAGCUUAGAGACCGUGCUGUUAACCUCAGUAAAUUGGAACCUAACUCAUUUGAAGCUCAUGGAGUUGAUCUCAUGACCUCAGCUUUACAAAGUUUAACUACUGUUGACAAAACAAAUCGCCCAGAUUAUGCAAACAUGUCCAUAGAAAAUACCCAUGACAAAACAUGUUUAAAAACAACAGACACUGGUUUCACAUUUGUACCUAAGCACACAGACCAGGGUGUACCUGAAGUAAUUUUUUCAUCUUUAGAAGCUGCUGGGACAGUCAUCAGAGGUCCUCAUCAGCUCAUUUGGCAGCCUGAAGACAAUGAUUUGCUGGCACAAUCUUAUACAGCCUCUGAACUGAAUCAGUGUGGAAUAUGCGAAUUCUGUCGAGAAGUUUUCCCACCAUCUAUGACAUCUAAGGAAGAUUUUCUUCGGCAUCUGAAUUCCCACUUUAAAGUACAGUCUUAAUGUAUGAGAAUUCAAUGGUUCACUGUUUUGCAUAUAUUUUGAUUUUUUUUUUAUUCAAUAGAUACGCUAAGAAUUGAAGAAUUAAGACUUCUUGUAACAAGAACUCAUGACUGAAACGGUGUGUCAGAUAAGCAAGUUCUUAAUUGUCCUUUGACAAGGUAACAUGAAACUGUCAGUCACUUCAAUAUUGUAAUUCACAUUAUUGCUUGUUUUGCUUCAGUAUUGCCUUCGAGAGUGAUGUUAAACACCUUUUUCUUUUUUUUUUCUCCUUUUUCCUUGUUUUUUUUUUUUCCUUUUAAUUUAUGAGUGUAGAUUUGCAGAAUUAAUGCCUUAAUCUGGCUGGGGAAACUGGUGUAAUGCUAGGAUGUUUUUUCUCACUAUCCAGUGAUGUGAUUAUGUUCUCCUUGAAGUAAACAGGAAGAGAAGUAGACUCCCAUUUUUCAUUUCUCUUACAAAAAUUCCAAAUUUAACUUACAGUAGCGAACCUCUUAAUUGAGAUUCUUGUAAAAUCAUCUCAGUAACUGAAUGCCAGGUAUGUCAAAAUUAGAGUAGGCUUGUUCAUUAGUAACAUAAAUGAAUGGUUGACUCUCCCAGAUGAAUUGUUUACUAGAGAGAGUAAUCAAACACAGCACAUAAAUUACCCAUUUGCCAAAAUCUAUCAGUAGCAAUUUUAUGGAUAUCUGUUACAUGUUAUAAAAAAAAAGAAAUAUUAUUUUGUGUGCCUUUCUAUCAAUAAUCUGUGAAAAUACACCCACGGAAAAAGUUGUAUUACUAUGAGGGAUAAAGUGAGAAAGGAUUAAACUUUCCCUAAAACUAAGAAUACCAAAGAUUAUUUACCUUUCCUUCUGGUCUGGUAUGAAGGAUUGCUGAAGUCUGUUACAGCCUAGAAAGAAAAACAUAAUCACUGAAAUCUCAGUGACUCAAUUUUUAACUAGAAUAAGCUUCGUGGCCUUCUCAAUGCAAUUUAAAUUUGUGUUUAAUUGAAACACUGUAUUCUGAUAAAGUUUGCACAUUUUCUGGGUUUAUUAGGAUCAGAUUAAAAAGGGGGGUACUAAGUAAUUUCAUUUGAUCAUAGCAACUAGAAUUUUUUUGCAUUUGACCUGCGUAUAGGUUUUAGUCCUGAUAUUUGAUAAUUAGCAUUAAUAUUUUCAUAGCAGCAAAACACAACAGUUUCUCGUUUUAAAGAUUUGUUUGCAGGUGACACUUUCUGGGAAGAAUUAACACCUGCACAUUUUUAGAAAUUGAUUUUUCUAAAAUUAUUUCCUCUAUUUUAAACAUCUCAUGUUUGUGACUGGCUGUCAACAGAGUGUACUGUAAUAAACAGCAGUGCGCAGGGCUUGUCUUCUCCAUGACCUGGAGAAAGAGUUUGUUACUAUUAACAGCUCUAAACCCCGGCGGUAUCCCGCGCAGAAGAGGAUACGUUCAUCCCCGGGCCCGCCGUGCAGCGUGUGAAGUACCUCCCAGGCGAGCGCGGCUGGGGGUGGUUCCUGGGAGAGACAGAAGUUCCAGGAUUGGGAGGAGAGAUGGGGAUUCGCACAUCUCCAGCCAGCCCGACACAAAGCCGACUUGUCCUCUCAACCGUGAAAUUCGAACUCAGGAGCUCACGUUAUUAAGAACUGAACAAACUGCGAGUCACCUUUAAAGAAAAUAAAGUCAUCUCUGUGUGUCCGUC